UGCUUCCUUCCUGUCCAGACUGUACCAUCAUCGACACGAUAUCACCGCUCCUCUUCCUCGUCAUCGUCAAUCUGAGAUCUCCCCCUGCUUCUUGCUAUUGAGCAGUCCUCCAUUGCUACCCUCAACAUCAGGCCCACCAUGGAAGCUCAGCUCCAAUCACUCAAGGUACCCGACCUCAAGGGCCUCCUCCAAGCCGCAUCCCUGCCAGUGUCAGGCAACAAGAGCGACCUCAUCAAGCGUCUGCUGGAGCAUCCCGACGCCACAAAGGACAUUGCAGCUGGUGGCGAGGACAAUGUUGAGGCUACGCAGCCUGUAGCAGCAGCAGCAGCAGCCCCAGUCCCAGAGCCUGCAGCAGCCGCCUCGUCUACUGCUGCCGCUGGAGAAGGGGAGACGAAGACUGCUCCACCCGCUGCUCCCGCUACCGCUUCUUCUCCCAAAGCCGCCGCCGCCUCCUCCUCGGAAGCCACUUCUUCCACUGCCGCUCCCGCCAUUGCAGCCGUAGAGUCUACCAAGGAGUCGGUCUCAGAGGAGGGAAAGUCCACAGAGGAAGCCCGCGAGGCGCUCAUUGCCGAGCUCGAGAAGCGUAAAGCCAGAGCUGCCCGCUUUGGACAAGAGCAGAGCGAAGCAGACCGCAAGCUCGAGAGGGCCAUCAAGUUCGGUCUGGACGGCUCCGAUGCAGCCUCCAUGGCUAUUCUCGACAAGGAGCUAGCGGCAGGCAAGGGUAGGAAGUUGCAGCAGCAGAAGAAGAACAAGGAUGGUAGCGAGCUCUCUACUACUGCUGAUGGUAACAAAGCUCAGAAGGUCGUGAGCGGUGCUGGCGGCUCCCUCGUUGCCGAAAAGAGGAUGGGUGGAGGUGGAGCGACCUACGUCGAGAAGAAGGCUUUGACGGAGGAGGAGAAGGCUCAAAAGGAACGGGAGAGGGAAGAGCUCAAGGAGAGGAGGAACAAGGAGAGGGAAGUGAGGGAAGAGGAAAAGAGGAAGAGGGCAGAGAGGUUUGGUUUGAUUGACAAGGAGGAAGAGGAGAAGAAGAGGAAGAGGGCAGAACGAUUUGGUGGAGCUGCACCGGCUGCUUCGUCCACAAAUGGGAGCGAACCCGCAGAAAAGAAGAUCAAAGCUUGAGAAAGUGGCCCAAUUCAAAGGUAAGAUCAGAGGUCCUUCUCGCUCUGGGCGUCGACGGCUCCUCUUUUCCCCUCAUCUCCUCUUUGAGUCAUCCGCACCCUCAACUCUACCUGAUAUGCCUGAAAUGUUCCCAAAACGUCAGAAGGAGGGAGAGCACGCUCUGGUCCAUCUUGCUCCGCCCUUUCUCUCUCUCUCUGUGCUUCGUAUUGUAUGUAUCGACGCAUGUUCAUCCACUCUUCAUCCUUCUUCGUUGAAAGCUCAUGUUGUCAUUGCGGAUCCUGUACAAGGGAUGGGGUAUAGUAAUGCAUCUUCACG